UUGUAAUUGAAGCUUUGAUCAAUAAUUCUCUGUAUUAGCUAAGCUAAGACUUGACAUAGCAAAAGCUUGACAACCCAUUCCCUUAAUUCUAAAGGUUAAGAGUGGGACACUGUUCACCAAAAGUUUAUGCCUUAAAACCAUUUUGAUUCUCUCUUUUGAUUUUUAUUAAACCAGCAAAAUUAAUUAAAGUAAAUUAGCUAGAAAAGCAAAACCUCUUCAUUGUCAUAUUUCUUAUAAUGUCCCCAACCUCCUUAACAUGCCAUCAUUGCUAAUGCUUCCUUACACUUUUUCCACUCUUUUCUUCCUUUUUCCAUAAUAUAUCGAAUCCAAUACCAACCAUGUAAGCUUAAUUAUAUAAAGACUGAGUUGAUGAGCUUGGCCACUCACUCAAAAUGGCGCCAGCUAAUAAUUCCCCUGAAUCUUUAGCGGCCGAUAACCAUAUCAACUUCCGAGCACCGCCGCCGUCUCCGAUCCACUCCGGCCGUCGAUCAUCCGUUACGAACGAUGCUGUUCUCACUAAUUUUCUCGAGCACUCGCUCCGCGUUCCGGACCUUAUAUUGCCGGACAAGAUUUUCCCCAAGCAGAGGUGCGUCCAAGCUCCUCCGAUCAUCGAUUUCGAAUCUCUCGUUUCCGAUGAAUGUGACACCGUUUCGAGGAUCGUCGAAUUAGUAGCCGAUUUUGGCUACUUUCAGGUGGUGAAUCACGGAAUUUCCAGCGAGUUCGUUAGGUCGGUGCAGGCCGAUGCCGCCGGGAUUUUUGCGGUUCCGACGGAGAAGAGAACGUCGGUGACGAGGUCUCCGGAGAUGCCGUAUGGGUUUGAGGAAGUUCAUGGGGAAGAGAGUGAGAAUGAGAGUGAAAGUGAUUUCAGUGAAGAGUUUGUUUGGAGUACGGAUGAAGGUUUGAAGCUGCUUAUGGAGGGAAUUCGGCCAAGUGGAUAUUCCAAAUUUUGCAAAAGAAUGGAAAUCCUAUUAUCCAAAAUUUCAAUGGUUGCGGAGAAAGUAUUUUCAAUAAUAAUUACCAAGAAUCCUCAAAGAAAAAAUUUGAUGUUUGGGAUUGGGAAUGAUAUUGUUUGGCAAGGGCACGAAAUUACAGGAACACUUUGUUGUCUUUAUAAAAAUAGUCAAAGCUAUGGUAAUGAUGAUAGUAGUGCUGAGUCUGUGAGGCAUGAAGUUAUUAGAAUGCUUCUAAGGAGAAAUGACCAUUCUCAUGCUCUUACUUUGCAUUUUUGUGGUGGCACUUCCGAGUUUCACGUCUACUCCAAGAAAGGAUGGCUUUCUUUCAUUCCUCACAAAGAUGCUUUAGUCAUCACAAUUGGAGAUCAAUUACAGACUUGGAGUGGUGGACAGUAUAAGCAUGUAAUUGGAAGGCCAAUCUUUAAAGAAGAGAAAGAAGAUUAUAUCUCAAUGGCUUUCCUGUACUCUCCUCCCACAAUCACCUCAAACUUGAGAUCAACCACGGUCGACGAGAAGACUAUUUCUCUUAAUCAACAACUCAUAGUGGCUAUUGCUCUAACUAUUGUUUAUCAAAUCUUAGCUUACAUUUACAAAUUUAUUUUAUGAACUUAUUCAUAAUCUUAAUCAAACUGUUGGAUCUGUCGAAAUCAACGAAAUUUGACAUGUGUACAUAUUUACACAUUGAGGUUGUUCAUGGACUCGUACGUUUUAUUAUAUUUAAAGAAAUAGAUGAAUUGUUCUAGUGGUA